GCCGAAGCCCCGCCCCCGCAGCUGAUGUCUUCUUCCCUGCUCUUCCGCCUGGUUCCCCUCGAAUCCUUCCCAGAGGAUUCCCUUUGAGGAUCGGCGCUGGAUCCCUCCGAGGAGGCUUCUCGGUUCUCUCGCUUCGGCCCGAGCUGCUACUCCUUUUUCGAAUUGAAGUUUUUAAAAUCAUCUGCCCGGGCAACUCCCGGGCAGUCCAGAUCUUGGUGUGUGAACACUCUGGGCUCUGGUGUGCCAAUAAAGUCUGUUUUCUCUCACCUUCCUGGUCUCGAGUCUCUCUUGGCAAACCGCGGCAGUAACUGGACAACUGGACUUUGCUGCUACAUUUCUGGUGAGCCAGCCAGGAGGCUCUGAGGGGUCUUGGGACCCUCUGGACUGUCCACCCCGGUGUCGGCGUUCAUCUCGUCAGGAGGAGCUUCCUAGCGCUCACGGACGACUUGAUCCGAGAGACUUCCUGGGAACUGGGUGACUCCGGCAGCGGCGGCGGACACUUCCAAGAACCAGUCAAGAGGGCUCAGAGACCAGGCCCCUUUGGAAGCCGGCAGUGGUGGUGGGAUCCCCAAAAGGUGCAGCCUGGAAAAACCUGCAGUCAAAGUUUUGCUUGCAAGUAGUCUGGUUACAAGGAAUCGCAAGGGAGCCACUAUGGAAAUGAUGCAAGGGGGAAAAUGCUUCAACCAAAGGAAUCACGAGAGACUCUCCACAUGCUCUGAGUGCGGGAAAUCUUUUGCUUACCGGUCCUUCCUUUUGAUCCAUCGGAAGCUGCAUACGGGGAAUGGAUCCCACCUGUGUUUUCUUUGUGGAAACUCCUUUCCUGGCAUGUGGAGCUUUGCCAAACAUCUCCGGAGCCACCCUGGACUGAGGCCUUAUAAAUGCGGAGAGUGCGGGAAGCGUUUUGCUAAAGGCUCGGACCUUGGAGCCCAUCAGCGAAUCCACCAGGGAAAGAGACCUCAGGAAUGUCGGAAGUGGUGGGAAAGACUGUGCUUUUCUCAAAAGUCAGAGCUGCUUCAAUACCUGCAAAUCUACACAGGAGACAAACUUUACAAGUGCGGCCAGUGCGAGAAGGCCUUCCCUCAGAAGUCACAGCUUUGGCUCCACGAGAAAGUUCACAAAGGAAUCAAGUCUUAUGAUGCGUGUUGGGGGGAAAUUGCCCAGCGAUCAUCUCUUUGGAAUCGCAAGAAAACAAACAGAAGGAAGGAAAAAAAUGAAGAGUGUCCAGAAUGUGGGAAGUGUUUUUCCACCAAGGCAUGCCUGAUGAGACAUCAGACAAUCCAUACUGGCGACAGACCCUAUAAAUGCUCCGAAUGUGAGAAAGGAUUUGUGGAUUUUUCGGCACUUUGCAAACACCAGAAAUGGCACAGAGGAAAGAAACCCCAUAAAUGUGACGAGUGCGGGGACAGCUUUGCCUGCAAGUCCUAUCUUAGUGCGCACCAGUAUGCCCACACAAGGGGGAAACCGUACAAGUGCACAGAGUGCGGGAAGUGCUUCGCUGUAAAGGGAUCCCUUUGGCAACAUCAUAUAAUUCACUCGGGGGAGAAGCCCUUUCAGUGCAUCGAGUGUGAAAUGUUUUUUCAUACCAAAGGAGGCCUCAAACGUCAUGAGAAAAUUCACAAAGGAGUAAAAGAUUACAAAUGUUUAGACUGUGGAAAGACAUUUGUUUAUUCAUCAUCCCUUAGAAACCACUGCAACAUAAUGCAUAUCGGAGUGAGCCCCCAUAAGUGCUCCGAGUGCGGCAAAUGUUUUUGUAGGAAAGCAAACCUUUUGAGGCAUCAGCAAAUCCAUACCGGACAAAAACCUUAUCAGUGUCAGGAAUGUGGGAAAUCUUUUCCUCACAAAGAAUAUCUCAAGAAUCACGAGAAAUUUCACACAGGGGAAAAACCUUACCGGUGUGGGGAAUGCGGGAAGGGCUUCACUCGCAGUUGCGACCGUCGGGAACAUGAGAAGAUUCACACAGGAAGAGGUUCUUAUCAAUGCCCCGAGUGUGGGAAAAGUUUCAGCUGGCGGUCAUCACUUCGGAGGCAUAAGAAAGCACAUAAAAGUAAGGAAAAGUGCCCGGAAUGUGGGAAAGGUUUUUCCCAGAAAUCACAUCUGUUGCGACAUCAGAAACUUCACCUUGGAGAUGGUCCCUAUGAAUGCCCAGAAUGUAUGAAACGAUUUGGGGAUUCUGCUGAACUUCAGAGACACCAGAAGGAGCACAGAGGAGAGAGGCCCUGUAAAUGUGGGGAGUGUGAGAAAUGCUUUGCUCAAAAGGUAGAACUUGAGGAACAUCAGAAUAUUCACUUGGCGGAGAAGCCCUAUCGGUGCAUCGAGUGUGGAACAUUUUUCCGUCGUGAAUCAGCCCUUAGGAGUCACAUGAAAAUUCACACAGAGGAAGUAAUUGUUUUAGAUUGAUAAUUGUAAAUGUCUUCAUUGCAGCCCCUACCUGCCUUCAUUUGUACUCUCAUAUUCACACAUGGGAGUACCCUCAAAAGAGCCUUGCCAAGAAGAGAACCAAGUUUAAUUGCCUUAGGUCAGUGUUGGCAAACCUUUUCGACACCGAGUGCCGAAACGGGAGCGCGCAAGCAUGCGUGUGCCGGAAACCGGAAGAGUAGCUGCCCAGGGUACAUGUGUACCCCAAGCGGCUGCUCUUCCGGUUUCCGGCAGGCGCAUUUGCACCGGCCACCUGAUCUUCCAGUUUCUGGCACGCAUGUGUGUGCAAAGACCAGCUGGCUGGUACACAUGCGCACCCCAGAAACUGAAAGAUCCAGAAACUGGAAGACCGGGUGCAUGUGCAUGCCGGAACCCAGAAAAGCAGCCGCCUGGCACGUGCAGGCGCCCCAGGCGGCUGCUUUUCUGGGUUCCGGUGCUUCUGCACGUGUGAAAACCAGCUGGUCAGUGCGCCAGAACCCGGAAGAACACAGACGAUGGUUCGCGUUCCCGGAGAGAUGGCUCUGCAUGCCACUUCUGGCACGCGUGCCAUAGGUUCGCCAUCACGGCCUUAGGUAAAGGAGCUUAUGGAAGACUGUCUUGUGAUUUCAGGGCAACUAAACAGGAAGUCUUCUUGGAUACAUAUUUACUUCCCGGCCCAUCCUAGAGCUCCUGGUGGUCUCCCAUCCAGCAGUCGUGAGCUUGUUGAACAUUUCAACUUAUUGAAUGGAGUUGAACAUUCAACUUAUUGGAUGGAGAUAAAAGAUGGGAUAAGAGAAUUGCUGGGGUGAAGAUGAAAGAAGAAAAAGAUAAACGGAGGGAAUUUUUUGAUGACUUGGUGGCAAGUUUGGAAGUUGAAAGAACAGAAAUGUCAAUGGGAAAAUUAAAGGAUUCUGAUGUUUUAAAAUGAAUAGUCAACGAGGACGAUAUUCGCAAAAAGAUGAAAACUUGAGGACCAAAUAAAAUUGAUGGGAAAAGCUAGUUUUAAGAUUGAGACAGAAAUAAAACCCCUGAGUAUUUUUAUCCUGAAUAUGAACUGAACGUAAUUUCAAAAUAAUUGAGUUAAGGCAUGGAAUGACUUCAAGAAGGAUAUGUUAAGAGAGAAAAACCACAAUUGCCACCGUCGGGGAGAAUUUUUGUGAUAAAAAGGUAUAUACUGUAUUUUUCGGAGUAUAAGAUGCCCCGGACUAUAAAACGCACCUACCUUUUUGGGGGACGAAAAAAUGAAAUCUGCCUCUGCCUCCGAGCAAUUUGCCUCCUUGCAGCAGCCAGCCUUUUUCAGUUUCAGCUUCAGCACAGCCAGAUUAGCACAAGCAGCUGAUAGAUCGGCCUCCUGAUACCGAGGCUGUGAGAUGGCAAUAGGCAAUGGCAAUCCCUGCAGCCUGAAACAGCUGAUGGUCGGGAGGCCGAUCCAACUGACAAUCAGCUGCUCGUGCUAAUCAGCACGUGCUGAAACUGAAACGGGCUGUUUGCUGCAAGGAGGCAAAUUGCUGGGAGGCAGAGGCCAAAGAGUGGGGGCUGGCGGGCGGGUGGGGCUACAUUCAUGUAUAAGACGCACCUAAAAUUUCACCCUCUUUUGUGUGUGUGGGGGGAGUGCGUCUUAUACUCUGAAAAAUACAGUAUUACCUAGAAUGAAUUUUCUGUUUUAAAUAAUACUUGAUAACCGGUGCAACAAUUUAAGCAAUGGCAGAAAGAUAUAAUAAAGAUCCACCUUCUCUUUAGAUCUACAGCAGUUCUGGCUUUGAAUUGAGCAGGUGGGUUCUGGUGGUGACAAAUUCUUGUUUGAAUGAGGGGGGGGGUUUGUUCCUGUAGCUCUUGAGGAGGCCUUUCUGCCCCCUCCUCAAGAAAGCCAUCGUUGCAUCCUAACACACUGCAGAAUUUUCAUCCAGUAUCGAACCUCCCUUUGUGGGGGAAGGUGGUACCGGUAGAGAUUAUGGUUGUGUGAUAGCUUAAGAGGGCCUUGGGCAAGACAGAUCAUCUGGAUCAUUUACAGUCUGGAUUGAGCUCUGGAAACGGCAUUGUUCCUCCUUUUGGGUAAUCUCAGCCAUGGGUGGGAAGCAGUGGUGGGUUUCCACCGGUUCGCCCUGGUUCAGGCGAACCGGUAGUGGUGGUGGUGAGAGGCUCCGCCCACCUGCCCGGACAUCAUAACGGAUGCUCUGCGCAUACGCAGAAGGUUCUCCACAUGCGCAGAAGCAGCCCCCGCGCACAAAGCAAGCACAUGCACACACUCCCGAUUCUGAACUGUUAGCGAAGAUAAGCGGAGCCCACUACUGGUGCUUUCUAACAUGCUUCUCCUUUAGGGAAAUAUAAUAUUCUACCUUUUUUAAUAUAUCCCAAAAUAUUUCAUUCUUCUAGGAGAGGGGUGGGUGCUAACUUUCUACAAUGAGAAGCAAUCUGCCUUCAAAGAAAAAAAUCAGAAAGUCCAGUUGCCUCUUGGGAAAAAAGCACCUUUCUGACAACCAAUGACCUGGAUGACUGAGAAUCUCCAUAGAUGAGAUGUUGAAUACAUCAUUCAUUUGAUUUGUACUAUGGGAAGCGCCCCCUCCCCAAGAAUGAAAUAUUUUGAAAGAUAUUAAAAAGGCAGAAUAUUAUAUUUUCCUAAAUGAAAAAUGGAGAAACAUGUUUUUUUAGAGGCAGGAAGCAGCCCCAAGUCUCCCUGCCCCCCAAGCAGGAACUGAGGAGGCUGUUUUUUUGGGAAAUGCAGAUUUGGUAAUCCAUUCAGGACAGGAUUAAAACCCCAAGGAAGCAGGCAUCUGUCAGUGUUAGAAGGGACCUUGGAGGUCAUUUAGUCCAACCCCCUGCUCGCGCAGGAGACUUAUGCUAGGGAUUUGAACCGCAGAACUGCCCACCUUUCUAAUCAACAAGCUCAGUGUCUUAGCCACUGAACCACCUAGUCAGGAUUAAUUACAUUUGUUAAGCAAGAUUAAAAAUCCGAGAAAGCCAGCACUCAUUGCAGGACUUCCUAAGACAAACUAAUUUGAAGCAAACUGCAAAAGUAGGUCAAAAGCAGAUUGUUCUUUAGAUAACAGAAAUAUGUGAAGAGAACGGAAAAAUGUCAAACUUCCAUUUUGCAAGUUUUGCAAGCAUUGACAUUUCUUGCAGGAAGCCUGUGACCUCAUCCUGGGAGCAAGAUGUCGAAACUGCUUUUUAGCACAGCAAUAAAAGCCAGUAACGGUUCAAUGCUGAGGCGAUGCUGAUAUGAUGUAUUUCCCUGGUUUUCCUCUAGUUUGUGAGAAGUAUAAGAAUGCUUGUUUGUCCAUAAGGAAAGGGUUCAGAUUUGGCUUUGGCUAUAUCGAUCUGGACCUAUUUUGUUUGCGCAAGUAAAAUACAACUAUGUAUUUUACAUAAAAUAUUGUAUUUUAUAUAAAAUGCUUGUAUAUAUAUUGAUGUGACAAAAUAAAUAAAAUAAAAAAUAAAACUACCUUUGAUUCCGAGAUGUGGGUCUCGUUAUUUCCUGCAACAAAUUAAAAUCGAGUAACA